UCGAAUCGAGAUAAAAUUAUCCAAUGACCUGGGCGUGAGUGACAUGUGAAUCCAGAAUAUUUCACCAGCCGAACAUGAAUUCUCCGUCAGGGCAAUCACGGCAGCACCUCCCUGCACCGCGUAAUCGCGGGAAGUUCCAAUCGGAGGCGGAGAGAUUGAGCGCCGACGUUGGAGGACUCGAAGCUUCAUUGUUUCAGAUGGUAAAUGAUCACCAGUACGCCUCUCUCAAGCUCCGAGAGAACUCCGAGAAGGCGAAGAAAGAUGCUAUUCAGAAGGCGGUGCGCGUUUCGGAUCUCUUAGUCGAUGCCGUGAAUGGUGGAGUUCAGGAAUCUUUUGUCAAUCAGAAGUUGAUUGAGCUUGAAAUUAGGGCUUUAUCGACCACGAUUACCCGAUUUAUGAAGCAGACCGAUCAAUGGCUCGCCGCCACUCACGCUCUGAACACUGCUGUUAAGGAAAUUGGAGAUUUUGAGAACUGGAUAAAGACCAUAGAUUUCGAUUGUAAGAGCAUCACUACUGCCAUCCAUAACAUUUACCAAGACUGAAGUACUCGUCGCGAAAGAGUUAACUGUCCUUUCCUUCACCGAGCUCAUUCCGGUGAGUUGAAAAAGAUAUAGAUCCUCACUCUCUGCUUUAAGUUCGCUGAAUGUGUGCCCCCAUAACAUGGCCUGAUAAGUUCUUGUGAUAUAACGAUACAAAGGUGCAGCAUAUCCAGAUGGAAACUCCUGUAGAAACUUGGAGCACCUCAGUACCCAACUUGGCUGCUACCUCACUAACUCUGUAAAAUAAUUUGUCCACUCUUCUUUUUUUCGAGUUCAUUGAUUUGUUCCUUAUUUUAACACAGUGGAAUCAAUUUGUCUAUUUAUUGCUCAUGUACGCUGCAUCCAUCCUUCUGAGUACAAUUCUUAGCUUCUGCCAUGUAAUAAUCAGUUCUACACUCUUCCAUUUAUGGUGUC